ACCGGGGCAUACAAAAGUUGAGGCUGCAAAAUCCGGGAUCGUAAGUAUCGAUAGUAAACAUCAUUUCGCCCGUAUCAACAUUCCACUUUCCACAUUCAACAGUGAACAGCUCACAGCUCACAAAAACUCGUGGUACUCACAUGUCAGUUGUAAAGCCUUGUCCGUGCAGUAUGAAACUUUCCAGUAAUUUCCCUUUGUGAUUUGAGAUUAAUUGUUUACACGUGGUAAAUUCUGUAAGAAACUAUGUCGAGGGAGUUGACGAGGAAGGAGGCUCGAAAGAAAAAUAAAUGGGACAAGGAGCGCAUCCCAAUCCCUCCAAAGGUGCUGGCCAAGCACUCCAGGGGCACCGGGAUGAAGAGAUUGAACGAGGUCGAAAACAAAUCUCUGAGGACGAAAAUGUUACGGAAGGAGAAGACGAUCGAAUGGGCUGAGAAACAAGCGGCCAGGACUGAGAUUCUCCUCACUGAAGACGCCGGAUUUAUAGAAUAUGAUGAAGGCGAAACGACAAAAACAGUAUCACAACAUCAAAUAGCAAAAAAUACCGACAUAUUGAGUGCCACAAAGUUCUUUGAACUUGACAUUCCUUUCGGACCGUAUAGAAUAGAUUACACAAGGAAUGGCCGGCAUUUGCUGAUCGGAGGUAGAAAAGGCCAUGUAGCCGCUUUCGACUGGGUUACCAAGCGUCUCCAUUGUGAAUUAAACGUCAUGGAAGAAGUUUUCGACAUUCAAUGGCUUCACAACGAGAUGAUGUUUGCGGUCGCUCAAAAAAACUGGGUUUACAUUUAUGACAAUCAAGGAAUUGAGCUUCACUGCUUAAAACAACUGUAUAGAGUUCUUAAGAUGGAAUUUUUACCAUAUCAUUUCCUUCUUGCAACAUGUAACGAAGACGGUUUUUUGUGCUGGUUGGACGUGUCAAUUGGAAAAAUGGUCAACACUUGGAAUACGUUUAAAGGAAGGCUUUCAGUGAUGACGCAAAACCCGUAUAACGCUGUGCUAUGUGUCGGCCAUUCCAAUGGUGUGGUUUCUAUGUGGAGUCCUAUGAAUAAUAAGCCACUGGCGCAAAUGUUAUGUCACAGUACAGGUGUUCAGACCAUAUCCAUUGAUCAGAGUGGAAAAUAUAUGGCGACUACAUCGGCAAACAGAGAGAUGAAAGUGUGGGAUGUGAGAGCUCUCAGUGGUCCUCUGAAAAAUUAUAAAUUGAGAGGAUCGCCUAAAGAGACAUGUUUUAGUCAGAGAGGGUGUUUAUCGCUCUGUAUUGGUAACAUGGUCGAGAUUUAUAAAAAUUGCCAUCUCGCCGAUGUCUCUGAACCUUAUUUGCUGCAUCAGCUGGAUUCGCCAGUGAACCAUGUAAAAUUUUGCCCCUUUGAGGAUGUAUUAGGAAUCGGAGCAAAGAGCGGAUUCACAAGCAUGCUGGUUCCAGGUUCGGGAGAGCCUAACUUUGAUGCCUUGGAGCUUAAUCCCUUACAGGCCAAGUCCCAGAGACGAGAGGCCGAGGUCAAGUCGUUGUUGGAGAAAAUCCAACCUGAACUGAUCUCCCUUGAUCCUUCUUCUAUCGCUGAAGUCAACAUACCCACACUUAAAGAGAGGAUCAAUGCUAAAAUCCAAAUUCUCAACAUGAAGCCACAGAAGAUAGAUUUUGUGCCACGCAAGAAGAGGAGAAGAAACACAGCCAAAGCGGCUAAAGUUGUGAAGAUAGUCAGAGAAAAUCAAAGGAGGGGAUUUAAUAAGGAACUCAAAGCUGCUAGAGAAGAAAUACUGAAAGAAGCUGGUGUAGAUUUGAGUAAAAAAGAAGUUGAAAAAUCUCACGGUGUACUGGAUAGAUUUAAAUCAAAGAAACAAAGAAAAAAUGUUUGAUUUUAGUGUAUUUAGUUAUAUUUUGUAAACUAUUU